AUGAAGAGUAGGGGUCUUUGUGACGACGCUACACAGUUGUGCGGAUCCUUAGAAGCACAGAGCAGCUGUAGUCAAUGUAUCAAACAACACCCAGACUGUGCAUGGUGUCGGGAUCCUCACAGCACCGAGCAAAACCGAUGUCAGGUAAGGUCAGCAUUCAAGCCCGAUACGUGUAAUCCAUCGUAUGUUUAUUCACCAACUACUGAAAUCCGAAUCGGUCCACACGUGAAACACCUAAUGGAAUCAUCGGUCAACAACACAUUCCAUUUUUCAAGAAUGAGACGUCGUUGUUCUUUUUGUGAUUUCUUUAAGUUAAAGGUCACCGUGAUGGACUGUCGCGACGGUUCUGACAUCGCCAUUUCUGUUGGAGUAUACGGAUACACAACGGUCUCCGCUCUUUAUAUUACGCCUUUAUGCGGCUGUGAAUGUGAAAAACCUAACCAACAGAAUUCGCCACUGUGUCAUCAACAUGGCAAUCUGAUCUGUGGUCAAUGUGUCUGUGAAUCGACUCGAGGAGGUGAUCGAUGUGAAUGUCCACUUGCAAGUUAUGGCGUGAAAAAUGCGCUCGAAUUAGAGGACCGAUGUCGAGAAAAGCCCGGCGUUCCUGUUUGCUCUGGUCGAGGUCUAUGCAGAUGUGGGCAAUGUCAGUGCAACUUGCAAACGGUAAAGGACGGUCGAUUCUGUCAAUGUGAUCAUUCAUCUUGCCCUACUGGAGCUAAUGGACGGCAGUGCAGUGGAAAUGGUGUGUGCGAAUGUGGAACAUGCAGAUGUGAGGAAGGAUGGGAACGAGAGGAUUGCUCUUGCAGUACGGACAAGGGCACAUGUACGGAAGGCGGAGUGAGUUUAACGUCACAACUUACUAUAAGUCAUAGCGAAGUUUCAUCGAAAAUUAAAAUUUUGAGUUUUUGGGUUUUAAUAGUAGAAUAG